GAUGAGACGAGAAUUCAAACAAAAAGAUCACACACUGCUUUGUUAUUUAAUGAAGUUGUAUGCGAUAUUUUUUUUUAACCUGGUACUUUUAUUAUUAUUUUUUUUUUUUAAAAGUCGUACUUCGGUUGGUCACGUUGUUUAUAUUUUAAUGUUUGUUUAUAUUUUAAUGUACACUAUUCGUAACGAAGUUGAGUCCGUGGCCUGAAGAAAACGACAUGUCUACAAAGAAACUGGCGAAACAAUUAGGGUUCGUGAGGAAACGCAGUCGCUCAUCAACUGGACAGAAGAAACCACUAACAUCUAAUCAAAUAUUCCCAUAUCUGAUUGUCAUCGACUUUGAAUCCACAUGCUGGAGAGAGAGGAACAGCUACGGGCAGGAGAUUAUUGAGUUUCCUGCUGUUCUCCUGAAUACCUCUACAGGCGAGGUGGAGUCAGAGUUCCAUACGUACGUUCAGCCGCAGGAGCACCCCAUACUGUCUGAGUUCUGCACCGAGCUCACUGGAAUCACACAGCAACAGGUGGAGGCCGGGGUUCCCCUCCACAUCUGUCUGUCUCGGUUCUCCCGGUGGCUGCAGACUCUGGAGCACCAGAGGGGUGUGGUCUUCCCCAGGGACCAGAGGGCUCCAGUCGCAGAGCACCGCCCCUGUGCCUUCGUCACCUGGUCAGACUGGGACCUUGGGGUGUGUCUGCUGUAUGAGUGUAAACGGAAGCAGCUCUACAGACCUGCUGUUCUGAACAGCUGGAUUGACCUGAGAGCUACGUACAGACUGUUCUACAACAGAAAACCCAAGGGACUGAAUGGAGCUUUACAGGAUCUAGGGAUACAGUUCUCUGGACGGGAGCACUCAGGUCUGGAUGAUGCCCGUAACACUGCCCACCUGGCCUGGAGGAUGAUGAGGGAUGGCUGUUUGAUGAAGAUUACACGCAGUCUGGAGAGGGCGCCUUUGAAGACCAAACCCCUGUUUGGAUAUGGGAACGUGCCAGGGGAUGGUUGUCCUGGCAACAAGAGGGAUAACAAAACCACUAUCAAAAACCCCUCCAAGACGACAGAGAGCGGCGGUGGCGGCCAUCUUGAAAAUCGACCCAACAGCAAGCCAGUUGUUGAGACACGACCCAAGCCUUCAGACAACAUGGUUCCCAACACAGAGGUGAACUCCAACUUAACCACUGAACCUGUUCAGUAUCAGAGUAUUGUUUCACCAAAGACCCUUCUCAAUGGUCUGACCACUCCAAUGUGUGGUGGUGGUGGUAGUAGCAGAACAGGUAGAAUAGGAACCAUACGGUCCGUCUCCUCUCCUAUGACUUUCAAUAUCCCCUCUCCUCAUCACUACAUCAACAGCCUCGUUCUGGUCUCCACCACUGUGAAUUGCAUUACCCAUCUACCCCAGCCAGACCCGACCCUUGACCCGGAAACAGGAAGUAUGGAGGAGGAAGUGCCUAUCUCGUGCGCUUCGUAUGACGAUGUGGUAUUGGAGGAGGACUGGGAUGUCACGGUUGGUGACGAGGCUUCUGUUGCUGAUGUGUACACAGAGAACCAGAGGUUUGAGGUGGAUGAUACCUCGGUUUAUGGGAGGACCUUGCUGUGUCCAAGCCCAGUACAUUCAAAUCCUGGUAGAGGUCCAACCAACAGUAGGCCUAGGUCCAAUACCACCAACAAGCCCUGCCAACAUCUGACCAGCCUGGUACACAAGACCGAUACUAGAACAUCCUCCAGUAACUUGGUGUCUUUGAAGGCUGGGACAACAAGGACCUACAACACGUCUGCACCCAAUAGUCUGUCCACUUCCUCUUUUGUCACACCCAGACCUGUUACCCCUGGCUCAAACCUCUCAGAUACACGGUCAAGACUGAACACGGAAACGUCAAACUCCUUUGUGAUCGACAAGAACAACAAGAAUGAAUCGAGAGCAUCCUCCAGUUCUGCAAAAGCUGCGACAACGAGGAUAUACAACGCCUCUGGGUCAAAUAGUUCAUGUAGUUUCUCCUUCGACGAACCCAGACCUGUUACCCAUGAUUCCAACCGCUCAGCUACACGGUCAAGACUGCAAACGGCAACAUGGAACAACUCCUUUGUGAUCUACAAGGACAAGCCAAGAGCCUCAAAUACCACUUCCACAUCCAAUACCUCAACAGCAUCCAAUCAUUCCUUUGUCAAACCCAGACCAGGCCUCCAGAACUCCAACCUCCAUGCUACACGGUCAAGACCUCUCACAACAAACAACCCUGGUAACUCCUUCACACCCAUGUCCUCUACGACAAACCUUCCCAAUCCAACUAGACCCAAAGCAGUGACCACCAGCAGUGACUCUAACCUCUCUGCUUCACAAACACCAAACGGCUCUGCAUCCAAUCAUUCCUUUGUCAAACCCAGACCAGGCCUCCAGAACACCAACCUCCAUGCUGCACGGUCAAGACCUCUCACAACAAACAAUCCUGGUAACUCCUUCACACCCAUGUCCUCUACGACAAACCUUCCCAAUCCAACUAGACCCAAAGCAGUGACCACCAGCAGUGACUCUAACCUCUCUGCUUCACAGACACCAAACGGCUCUGCAUCCAAUCUUUCCUUUGCCGGGCCCGGACAUGUCGUCCAUAACCACAACCCAUCGACUUCACGUUCCAGGCUGCACGCAGAGACGCCAAACGCAUCUUUCACGAUCCACAAGUACUCCUCUUGCCUCGCCUCUGUCUCUCGUCCUUCUGUCGGUGGAUCGUUCUCCGUCCUCUCCUCGUCCGUUAACCGCUCCUCGCUCCCGCCGACCCGCAGCACCAAGAUCACGGCCCCGCUGUGCGACUGCGGGCGGCGAGCCAAGCGUCUAACGGUGUGUAACGGCGGUCCGAACCAAGGCCGAGCGUUCUACUGCUGCACGGUGCGUAAACACGGCCCCGGGGGGACCAGGAAGGGAUGUGAGUUAUUUAAGUGGGAGUCUGCUCUCCUCCAGGCUAAAUCACCAGCCUCCGCUGCCAACUCCAUCGCUCUGCGUUUUGGGCUCAACUCCAGUGUUGUUCGUCCCCCUGUCGUCGUCUAGGACGAGAUAUCAGUUAGCUUGAGAUCAUAGGGAGACUCUCAAUAGCAUUUCCUUCUCAUUCAAUGGGUUCGAGAGGACACAAGGAAUCAAGGAAAUGUAAUUGAGAUUCUCCUCACAAAGGUGUUAUAUUUUAAACCGCUUUAUGAAAAUAUGUAUGAUGCGUUGUUUUUUUUGUGAGUAUAUGAUUUAUGUCCACAUACUAAAUCUGGUGCAUUCAUUGACCAAUAUCCUGUACAGUUUCUAAAUAGAAUUGAUCCUCCAUAAUGUGAGAUGACAUGAUGUCAUAAUGAAAUGUAAAAUACCGGCACUGUCGGCACUGUCAUAAUAAAAGAUGUCAUGAAUUGUA